AUGGAUGUGUCUUCCAAAAACAUCAGGCCUCCACUGAAGCUAGCAAGCCCAACAGAAGCAACAAAGUAUGGACACUUGAACCUGCAGAUCUCCACUGGAACACGCGGGUUCAGCUCUGCACCACACAACCCAAAGGUGCCUGAGUUUGCAACAUGGGAACCAGUGCCAGAGGACCAACUACCCCCGCCCACACAAAUCCCUGCAGACCUUGUGGACAAACUGGAGCGACUGGCCUUGGUGGAUUUCCGGACCAAACAGGGUCUGGCCUGUUUGGAGAAAGCAAUAUGGUUUGCAGAUCAGCUUCAUGUGGUUGACACAUCGGGGAUUGAGCCCAUGGAUUCAGUCCUGGAGGACAGGGCUCUAUACCUGAGGAAUGACACAGUGAUGGAAGGGGACUGUGCUGAGGAACUACUUCAGCUCUCCAAAAACACAGUGGAAGAAUAUUUUGUGGCACCACCAGGAAAUAUUCCUUUACCAACGCGAGAAGAGAGGGCCGCGUUACUGAAACACUCAGAGUUCUGAUGUCUCUGGUCUUUUCCUGGAUUUCAUUGACAUUGUUUUUUUAAUUUGGAAAAUGGAUUUGUCUUCCAAGAAUUGCAAUAUAUGAUCAGUCGACUAAGAAAAAUACUUGGUCAGUGUGCUGCUUCUCUGCAGCCAAUAACAGCUAUCA